AGCUGCGCGGGAUCGUGUAUCUGGUUGCGAGUGCGAGGUCCGCGGCAGCAGGCGAGGGAGCGCGGAGACAGAACAGUCGCGGGGACGAGGAUUCAGGAGUGGCAGUAAGACCGCGAGCAACAUGGGGCUCACCCUGAGCACUAUAUUGCAAAAGGUGUUCGGCAGGAAGCAAGUCAGGAUACUGAUGGUUGGUUUGGAUGCUGCUGGUAAAACAACAAUCUUGUACAAACUGAAGCUAGGAGAAGUUGUUACAACUAUUCCAACUAUUGGAUUCAAUGUUGAAACAGUGGAAUAUAAAAAUGUGUGUUUCACUGUGUGGGAUGUUGGUGGCCAAGAUAAAAUCAGACCCUUGUGGAGGCACUAUUUCCAGAAUACCCAGGGUCUUAUUUUUGUGGUAGAUAGCAAUGACCGAGAGAGAAUUCAAGAAGCAUCAGAAGAGCUGAACAAAAUGCUUCUAGAAGAUGAAUUGAAAGGUGCAGUUAUACUGGUGUUUGCCAACAAACAGGACCUCCCAAAUGCCUUCACCAUUAGUGAAGUGACAGAAAAAUUAGGUCUACAGAGUCUAUCUAACACAACUUGGCAUGUUCAGGCUACAUGUGCUAUACAAGGAAGUGGCUUAUGUGAAGGCCUUGACUGGUUGUCAAGUGAACUAUCAAAAUCCUAGACUUGAUGCCACAAUAUGACAAGAUGUUUUAUUUAACCGAGGACACAUUUGGUAAUAUUGGUCUGGGCUUGUUAACUAGUUUUCAUCUCCCAAAUAUUGUGGUUUCUGGAGUUGAUAUUUUGGCAGACAGCACAGCUUGAUUUUGAACAUUUUUUGGAUGUUUAUGGUAGGUUUCAUAAAUUGGUGGAAGAUUAAACAAGUAAUUUACAAUUAUCUUUUGUGAGUGUGUUUCUUCCAAUUUAUUUUCCAUUUGAAGCCAAUAUAGAUCCUGAUUUGUAAAAUAGCUGAAGAAUUGAGCCCAAAUAAACAACUUUUUUUCUAAAUUAUGUUGCCCUUAUUAAGUUUUGAUACCUUGGAUCAUUCCAAAACACUCAGUUGUUUUCAAGAUUUUAUCUUGUCUCUUUUCAGAGUUUUGUGAUACCUCGGGUCAUUCCAACACAGAAUCUGCUGAAAAAAAAUUACUCUAUCUUUUUUUGAUUGGGAAUCAGUUCCUGUUUCUUUUUUAGUUCUUACUAAAUAUGGCUCCAAGCAGGGGUUGGUAAGGAAUGGUUAAAAAGUACUUGAUUCUAAUUGAGAAAGCAUCAUUUGAACAGAAAUUGCCUUUAUGUAGUGUUGCAGAUGUCUGUGUUUCUUAAAAUAAAUAAAUCUUGCUGAUUGCAACUGACGGCUCCUCCCUGUGAAAUUCAGUCCAGUGGUGUAUUUUGAAACCACUUCAGAAGUUCUUCAAUCUCUUUGUGGUGCUGUAGACUUCUGCAGUGGUUUAUACACUGGCUAAUUUGUGCAAGGCUAUGUCAAAUUAUUAGAAGGAUGAAAUUUUUUUCUUUUAUGGUAGAUACCUGUUCUUGGCAACCAGCCAGUUUCAGUGGACUACAUCCAUCCCCAUUUCGUGCACCUGAAUUGUAAAUUUUAAAAUUUCCUUUAUCUCAAAACAAGCAACAGAUUGUGCAGCCCAUUGCUAUGUAAACUUUCCAAUCCCACCAAAAGAUGCAGUCCUGAAAUAUGCAUGCAUUCAUGUUAGCAUUUCUAUUCACAUAGAUAAGAUCAAAUUGUCUUUCUAGUAUGUUGAAAGUUGUACCUUUUUAAAUGUUGCAUGUCAUUUUGCUAUCAGUAUGCUAUUAUUCAUUGUAAUAUAGUUAUUGUUUGUCUACGGAUGGGCAAGUCUUCAUGAAACUGGAAGAUUUGGGAACAUCAAAAUUCUAAUAAUGAAAGGUGUCUACGUAAUCCAUUUGACAUUCUAAUGAAAUUAAAUAAACUUUAUAGAAAUA